CACACAGACAGACACACACACAGACAGCUCCAACUCUUGGCCUCCAUCAUCAUCACCACCACCAUCAUCAUCCUCAGAGGAAGACGGACAGGGAGCCCCCUGACCCUCGCCCCGCCGGGUCGCCAUGGCAACGGUCAUCUGCACUCGUUUUACCGAAGAGUAUCAGCUGUACGAAGAGCUGGGCAAGGGAGCAUUUUCAGUGGUGCGGCGCUGUGUGAAGGUGCUGUCGGGUCAGGAGUACGCCGCCAAGAUCAUCAACACCAAGAAACUUUCUGCCAGAGAUCAUCAGAAGUUGGACCGUGAAGCUCGAAUCUGUCGUUUACUGAAGCACCCCAACAUUGUUCGGCUACAUGACAGCAUCUCAGAGGAGGCGCAUCAUUACCUCAUCUUUGACCUGGUAACAGGUGGAGAGCUAUUUGAAGAUAUUGUAGCCAGAGAAUAUUACAGUGAAGCUGACGCCAGUCACUGUAUCCAACAGAUUUUAGAGGCGGUGCUACAUUGUCACCAGAUGGGCGUGGUCCACCGAGACCUGAAGCCAGAGAACCUCCUGCUGGCCUCAAAGUCAAAAGGAGCGGCAGUGAAACUGGCCGACUUUGGCCUCGCCAUCGAGGUGGAGGGAGACCAGCAGGCCUGGUUUGGCUUUGCGGGGACUCCAGGUUACCUGUCCCCAGAGGUGUUGAGGAAGGAUCCAUACGGCAAAGCAGUCGACCUUUGGGCCUGUGGUGUGAUUCUCUACAUCUUAUUGGUCGGUUACCCUCCUUUCUGGGAUGAAGAUCAACAUCGUCUCUACCAGCAGAUCAAAGCUGGAGCUUAUGAUUUUCCGUCCCCAGAGUGGGACACGGUGACCCCUGAAGCCAAAGACCUCAUUAAUAAGAUGUUGACCAUUAACCCGUCCAAACGGAUCACAGCAGCCGAGGCGCUCAAACAUCCCUGGAUCUCUCAUCGCUCCACAGUGGCGUCCUGUAUGCACAGACAGGAAACAGUCGAGUGUCUGAAGAAGUUCAACGCCAGGAGGAAACUAAAGGGAGCCAUCCUGACCACCAUGUUGGCCACCAGGAAUUUCUCUGGAGGAAAGAGUGGAAGCAACAAGAAGGCCGACGGAGUCAAGGAAUCAUCUGAGAGCACAAACACCACCAUCGAGGAUGAAGAUACCAGAGUGAGAAAACAGGACAUCAUCAAAGUCACAGAGCAGCUCAUCGAGGCGAUCAGCAAUGGAGACUUUGAGAGCUACACUAAAAUGUGUGACCCGGCUGUGACGGCGUUCGAGCCCGAGGCGUUGGGGAAUCUGGUUGAAGGCCUGGACUUCCACCGCUUUUAUUUUGAAAACUUGUGGUCUAAGAACAGUAAACCGGUCCACACCACCAUCCUGAACCCUCACAUCCACCUUGUCGGGGACGAGGCCGCCUGCAUUGCUUACAUCAGAGUGACACAGUACAUCGACGCCAACGGGACGCCUCGCACCGCCCAAUCAGAGGAGACCAGGGUGUGGCACCGCCGCGACGGGAAGUGGCAGAUCGUGCAUUUCCACCGCUCAGGCUCCCCCUCCACGCUCAGCAAGUAAGAACAGCUAAAUUCCAGAGUGGGCGGGUCUUUGAUGGGGCCACCGUCGCCUUGACAACUGAUUGAUUGACAGCAGGCCAGGCGUGUGACACCAGACAGGAAGUUUGAGAGGAGACGAGGGGCGGGGCCACAGAGCAGUGAACUGCACAAUCAACCAAUCAGCUUCCUCUUCUCAGCUCCUUUGGAUUUCAGCUGCACAGAGUGUAAUAACGUGUGGAAACCUCUUAUCUCCUCUGUCAGGAUGAGGGACAGGAGCGACGCCUCCUUCACAUCUGACUCCUUUAAAUACCUCUUAAUUAGCUCUUAAUUAAUUUUUAAUUAUAUCUUAAUUAUCUCCUGAAAUCACCUCAUGAUAACCUCAUUAACAUCGUUCAUAAACGUGAGACUUAUUAAUAACCAGUAAUGAGAUAUUUAUCAGAUUAUCGAAUACAUCAAUGGACCUGAAUGUUUUAAGGGUUUUUAAAAGUUCAUCUGUAUUAAUUAAGGGUUUUUAAUCAUAUUAAAAUAAUGUUGCAGGUUGAAUCAUUUUUAUUUGAGGUGAAUUCAUGAAGAUAUUUAUAUAUGACGAGCUUUUAAAUGAACACGAUGAAUCAUGACUUCAUAUAUUAAUAUUUUGAAUUAAAACAUUGUAAUUAACCCCUUUAAUUAAACGUACCUUCGUUACAGUGUUGUAAAUUUGUUAAGAUUAAUUAAGGGCUUCUUAAUGGGUUCUUUGUCAGUUAAGAGGGUUAUAAGUGGAAUUAAUUACAGAAUAAGUUUAGUUGUUAACGAAGCGUCACUGAUUGAUUUUUAUUCUUCGAUGAUUCUAUUAAAAUGAAAACCUGACAAAUUCUGGAGAUACGAGGUUUCCACUUGACAGUGAUAAUAACUAUAGAGAGUAAAAUUAUAACUGUAUACACAGUCUGGGUGUCGUCAUGGUUACUGAUCGUUAUUAGACCCAUUAUCUCAUCGUCACUGACGUGAACCAGCUGAUUAAAGAACAGAUUUGUUUAUUUUUACUUCCUGUUAAUUGAUAAUAAAAAAUAAAUAAACAAACGACACAUUUUACUGCCCGACAUGAAAAUAUCUGUAUUUAUGUAAUUAAUUCUGAUAAUUGGGUCUAAUAAGCGACGAGAACCUGACGCGUCUGAGUCGUAAAGUCUUCACACAGGUGAAAUUUAAUGUUUUAUAUUUAAUAUAAUUCUAACGAGCGGUUCAGGAAACGAGGUUUGGAUGUUCAUCUCUCUGCUUCCAUCGGGCUCGGAGAGCUCCACAGGCUUCCAGCGCUCUCCGACCUGCGAUCUUCCAUGAACAGCCACGCCUACACCCCCCCCCUCCCCCCCCCCACACACACACACACAGGUGUCCUAAUGAGGAGGGCCUUAACGAGGUUCCCUAACGAGCUGUCUGUCUGCUGCCUGCGCACCACUCUGGGCUUCGUUAGCAGAAUAAACUUUACAACAUGUUUUAGAUUUAAAAGAUCUGUGAGAGGAAGGAAGGAAGGAAGGAAGGAAACAUGAGGAGGACAGAUGACGUGCCCUGAUUUUGUUUUAAUGCCUAAAUCAUAAAUAAAGUUAAAUCUAAUUAGAGUUUAAAACGUUUAAAGUUGCUGAGCUGUAACUCUACGCGUUGUCUCUGGACCUCCGUACGUCACAUGAUCACAUGAUCACAUGAUCACAUGAUCGGUCUCCGUGGGGAUGCAGAAUGACGUCUGGCUCAACAAACGGACUCCUGAUUGUUUUAAGAACUGAAGUAAAUAAAAGCAGUGACCAAUCAGAGUCACUGUCACAAUCACGUCAUCUGUCACCGGGACGGCCAUAUUACACUCAUCUGUACGGAGGCUCACAGGGGACAAAAUAAGAGACGAGCCGAGAGUUUAAAUUAACAUAAAAUGUAAAAACAAUGUGACUUAUUACGAAUUACUGGAUUUUUAAGACUAACUUUGUUUUUAGAGAAAAACAAAACUCCAGUUCUUUAAUUCCAGAUUUUGCAGAUGUUGAUUUGAUUAUUGACAGAAAAUAAACAACUUUAUUGAGACGAGUGUUUAACAGUAACAAAACAUUUUGAACAUCACUGAAAAGUGUCAACAACAACAACUGUCUAUGAAAACAAAUAUAUUUAUAUCAUUAUAUCUGUGAUAGUGACCACGAUGAAACAUCAGGUUUAAAAAUGAAAAGUUUAUAUUUAAACAGAUUCAGUCAAAUAAAUUUAAUGUUUUAAUUGAUGUAUAUUUAAUUAAGCUGCUGGUGCUUUUUGUUUCCUCUGAGCCUCCGUACAUCAGGACACUCUGACUGUGGCGUUGGCGUGUCAGCCUUUGGAUAGUGAGGUGAGAUGUGGCCCCGCCCUCUUGCAGUGUUCCUGUUAUUUACCCGGAGAUGUGAGGUUUUAGGACGUCAUGAGCAGACAGCGUGUUUCUUCCUCCUCUGCGCCGGCGUUUACUUUCUGUACAGACGAUGUGAUUUUCUGCAUGCAGGACUUGACUUUGUGUUUUGUGUUUCCCGCUUUGGUCUCCGCUGCGUUUUGGCGUUCGCGGCUGCCAUUUUGUUUUCCGGUGACUUGACUGGGACUUGUUAGCUUUGUUAGCAUUCCUCACCGGGAGCUAUGGUGUCUGCUAGCCGUGAGCUAACAAAACGCCAGCGGUGCCAUCUUUGAUAUUCUGCGACUUUGACCCGUUGUGUUCGUCUCGGAGGCUUCAAGCUGCUUUUUACCGUCGGGAGAAUGUAGAACUUUGUACAAUCAGAUUAUUACUAUCACAUAAUUAUGAUUAUUAUUAUUAUGGAUCUAUGGCGUUUGUAUAUUGAAGAGCUUUUUAAUGUUGGAUCAGACAUGCAGUGCUCGCCGUCUGUAGAGAACACGUUGUGUAUUAUUAGCUUUAUCAUUUUCUCAGUAUGAUGUGCAUUAUAGCGUGUGACACCAGUUCCCUUAGCAACCGCUGAAUGUGUUCGCCACAGCGCCGCUAACCUUUAAUUUACUCCACAUCUCAGUGCCAUUUGGCGUCCCAGCUCAGGAUGCACUCAGAGAAGAGAGGAGGCUGAAUGUCAGGUCAAAGGUCAGCUGACGUCCUGACCUGCUCUGGGCUGCAGCGGCUCUACAGAAGCUCCAACACAGCAGUUUGAACAUCACGUUAAACCUCGAACGACAUUUCUAUCUUAGAACAAAUUUUCUGACUUGGAAUGUAAUCUGUAACUUAGAACAUCGCUUUUAACUUUAAACAUAAUCUCUAUCUGAGAACUUCAUUUACAACAUAAAACGUCAUUUGUGACUCAGAAUGUAAUUUAGAGCAUCAUGUCUCAUCUCAUUCAUAUUCUCUGAAGUAUUCGUAAUGUUUGUUACUCAGAAUGUCAUUUCUAUUUUAAAUGUAAUUUCAAAUCUAGAAUGUGAUUUUUUAACUUAGAACCUUACUUCAAAUGUAGAACAUUUCUAACUCGUAGAAUGUAAUUAGUGAUUUAGAACAUCUUUUCUAAUAUAGACGACCCCGGCUGCAGGUCGUCAUUAUGUGUUUGUUAUGAUGUCACAGGUUCGUCAGGCUGCCGUUAACGACUGGACGUCACCGUUAUGACUCUGCUGCAGCUGCAGGUUAACGUCGGGUCGUUGUCCUUAUGUCAGAACCUUCUCUCUGAUAUUUGGUUGAUUAGCGUUCACUGGUUUUAGCUGUUAGAGUCGUGCUCGCCUCUGAUUGGCCACAGGAAGUGACACAUCAUGUUCAGUGACAGUGUUUUGGUCAGUUUGGACUUUACACCAGAGGAGCUCAGAUAAACCGUUUGUCUCUGUGGUGCAACAAAACACGGCUGCAGCUUCACGAUCAAACUGACGAAUCGUGUAGAGUCAACUUUGAUCUGUACGUUCAUAGAGAACUUAGGUACAGCUGAUGCAACAUGCCGCCGAACACUUCCUGUCAUUACGACUUUUGCAGCAAACAAACUGUCACCAGAGUCUGUUCAAGUUUUCAGGGAUUUUAAAAUGAGGAGACGUCAUUGUCUUCAUCUGAUGUGGAGCCCAAACAGGCAUUGGCCUCUAUGACCUGCUGCACGUCAUCAAACAUUAAUGUGAAUAUUAUAAAGUUGUCUCUGGGCCUGUUUGACGCUGUGCUGUGUGUAGAGACUUUCAGACUAAUAAUACCGACCUGACUCACGGCCCAGUUUCAGCCUCCUCAACAUUUACAAAGUGUGAAGACAGUCGGGACUCCAAAUGGCGCCUGCAGAGUGAAUGGCUGUUUUCUAGUGUGUGUUUUCUAAAGCAACAAACUCCACUUUGACCUUUUCAAAGUUUUAUUUAUUCGUGCUGGAGGAACUCUUUCCGAGGAAAUAUCUGACGUCUUUUUUAGGUGUUUUUGCUUGAAACUGAAGAAUUCAUCCUAAAGCAGAUUUCACUUGUUAUUCUAAUGUUUUUACCAGCUGUUCGGUGGCUGCUGCGUAUAUAUUUAUCUCCAUCCAACCGAAGCAGAGACGAUUCGUUCAGACGCACUGAAACGUUUCGUCUCUUUCAGGUGAAGCUAAAAACACCUGCAGGAAGCUUCUCUGAUCCACGCCACGGGAAACAGCAGGAGGAGGGAAACUGUUAGCAUCGUUAGCAUUCAUUAGCUGCUCCUCUGGCCACAGCUAUUCAACAUGCUAACGUGCUAAUUUGUGGCUAACAGCAUGCAUGUGUUACAGUUAGGAAUGUUAAUGAAGCUAACAGUGCUAACAAACUAUUUCUCAUAAAUCUGGGCUACAUGACUGAAACCAAAGCUUUCAGCUGUCUUAUAAUCAUUAUGAUGUAAUCAGUGUAAUAACAUGUGUUAUUAUCUGCGCUAUGCUAACAUUAGCUCACGAGCUAACCACAAAAUGUCCGUGCAAAUGUGAGCCACCAACGAAACUCUACAAUAUAUUGAAGAAAACAUCUCAGAUUAUUUUUAUUUAUUUAACUGUUCAUUUCAACUUUGAAUUUCAUUAUUAUAAUUUGUUUUAAACAGUUCAAAUCUACAACGUCACAUAUUUAAAAAUCUCUUUUACUUUUAUUAAAAAGGUCUUAUUUUGUGUAUAAAAAGGGUCACCAUACUUUUAAAAUAUUUAAUCUAUGAAACAUAUCAGUCAGCUUUAAACCCUUGUGUUUGAUAUGUGUGUAAAUACACAAUAGAAACUUCUCUUUGUGUCAUUAAAGCAACACAUUCAUCAGAAAUCUGACCUGCAGACACAAACUCAGGUUCCUGAACAAUAUUCUGAGGAUUUAAGAAAACACGUAUAUUUAAAUUCCAUCAUUCGUAAUAUGACGUGUUCAGUUAUAUUUAAUGUGAGGCCUCUGUGUCUGCAGGAGUGAAACAUGAAAUGUGUUUUAUAUCAGUUUAUUUUUAAGAUAAAAUGUAAAGAUAUUUAAUCGAAGACGUUGAACAUGUCGACAGAACGUAAACUGAUCUUUGUUUCAUGAAGCGAACAUGAACUCAGGUACAAACCAGACUCUCAACAGUGUCUGGGGAGUUUACAGAAAAGGCAAUAUUACAGACAGUAUUUAUUCAUGGAACAUGUAUUCAGUCAGAAAUCUGUGACAUCAUUAAUUGAUUAACGCUUUGAUCAGAUGAAAGGUUCGUUAUCGGCCUGAAGCUCGUUGAGUUUAAUGAUCGUUUGUUUGUUUCCUUCCACACACAGAAAUGAAAACAAAUAAUUCAUAAACAAACAAACAAACAAUAAACAUGUAUGUUUUCAUUUCUGUCCUGGCUGUUUCCCGUCCACCAUGUUCACGCUCUGCAGAAUCAAUAAUCAAUAAUCAACAAUCAAUAAUCGGCUCCACUCAGCUUUUUCUACUAUGAUGGAUAUUGUACUGUACUGUAUUAACUGGACUCCAAUGCUGCAUGCUCAGUGUGUAACUGUGUGUGUGUGUGUGUGUGUGUGUGUGUGAGUGUGAGUGUGAGUGAGUGAGAGAGAGAGAGAGAGACAGACUGAGUGUGUGUGUGUGUGUGUGUGUGUGUUUUUAAAUCUUUUUUUCUUUUGUAGUUUUUUGGAGUAUUUCUUUUCUUCUUCUUCUUCUGCAUCGUGUUCAAAGUGUUCCUGUAAAUAAACUGAGGUGGUCAAACGCUG